UAUAGCUUCAGUAUCAGUUUUAAAAUGCAACAGAGUAUUCUAGUCCUCCUACUCGGCUGUGCGGCAUUUGCCAAUGCUUUUGGCAUCAGCCUGCUAUUUUUAAACCCAUCAAGGGACUCUGUCGAGCCGCCAGCAAAUUCAAAACCAUGCAGACCUAUGGAGGCUGCUCCUUCGGAAAGGGUUCACUCCCUGAUCUCGCCAUCUGAACAACCAAGUAGUAUGCCGAUUGAUCCUGUAGUCGUUAAUGGCAGACCAGUGGUACCUUUACCGACACUUGCACCGAUUUCCACUUCAACUGCAACCCAGUUCAACAGAGGAACAUAUGAGGGAAAUGUGCCUAAUCUUCCGGUGGAGUGCCAACCCCCUCCCUUGGGUAUCGGAACUCGACUGAGUGCGCAGCUCCUGAAAGUACUAACAAUCUUGGGCUAAAAGGAUACCUUCAGUAUUUCAUUGUUGAAAAUUGUUUGCAAAGGAUCUUGAUAUUUCAUGAUUUUAAGUAAAUCUCGUCGAGGUUUUGUAUCAAUAACUAACUCAAGGUUUAAGCUUGUUUCAAUUUCGUAUUUAAUAAUAAAUCUGUCGAUCUUAAUACUCA